AUGGUGGAACCAAUUUCGAUGGCAUUUGGGACGAGUAUCGGACUUGCGGGGCUAUACACAGCUUGCCUGGAAAUAAUGGAUCAAGUCGGUUCAGCGAAAACGUUUGGCAAAGACUCGCAGAGGCUUCUUUCAUUAUUUCAAGCCGAGAGGUUCAUUUUUGAGAGAUGUGGUAGGCGGCUGAAUAUUGCCGGUGGGGGCCUUGACGAAGCUUCGGAGCAAGGCCGUUUGGUAAGGAAUAUUCUACAAAAUAUCCAUACCCUAUGGAUCGAUACGGACAUCCUCUUGAAAAAAUACGGCCUCGAGAUCGCGAGUGAUGCAACUGAUGCAAACGUCACAAAUACUGCAGCAAACAGUCAACAGAAAACAUCACUUAAACGCAAAUUUGGUUGGGCAGUGAAAGACAGGCGAAUAUCUGAGAGGUUUCUCGGAGAUCUUGGUGGAUUGGUUGACAAGUUAGAAAACAUUACGUCGUCUGAGGACAGCGAUGACUGCUGGAAGCGCGAUUCGGACGAAAAGCUUAAAGAACUGAGAGCGUUCUUGGAAGACGAGGCAAGAAAAGUAGAAGGGGACCGUAAGAGCUACCAUGACCUAUUAAAAGCUAUACGAGCAGAAGUAGUGGAUCAAGAAAGAAAAAUAAAGAAAUUUUCGUCCUGGAUUCGCGCCGUGUCGACAGAUAGUGAAUAUGAUGAAGCGGUUCGGGAGAGGCAGAACGGGACCUGCAAAUGGAUUCUCACCUACUCACAAUUCCUCGACUGGUUCGGGCCACCGUAUGGAAUGGGCACCUCUCGCCUGCUAUGGCUGUACGGCGGUCCCGGAAUUGGAAAAACAUUCCUGUCGGCAAGCAUAAUCGAGCAUGUCAAACAGCGAUCCUCACGCCCUACUGCCUUCUUCCUUUAUGCGGCCAAGGAACUCAAGCCCUCCGUCGGUGAUCCGGUGCUUACACUACUGUGGAGCAUGCUUCGCGCGAUUCUGGGUAGGGUGGACAUCUGCCACCUCAUUGUUGACGGGUUCGACGAGUGUGUCGACGGCGAUCCCACAUCUCAAACCCGUCAAGUUCAAGGAGUGAGGCAAGAGUUUAUGAAUAAGCUUUUGCAUCAUACAUAUCUCACGGGAGCAAAAAUACUAAUCGUCAGCCGAAAGAUUAAAGAGGUCGAGAAGGCAAUUAACAAGGCAUGCGGUUGGUCGCCUCCAUAUGACGUUUCCAAAUACCAUAUAGUCUCGAGUGAUACCGAGAGUGAUAUCCAGCUGCUCUCCAGGACUAUUGCAGAUGACCUCCAGCUUGAGGAUAGUGAUGAAACGGAUCGAGUGAGUCGUCAGUUAUCAUCCGGAUGUCAAGGAAUGUUCCUCCUGCUUCGGCUUCAGCGGGAUGCUCUGCGACCGGGCAUGAUACGUGAGCAUCUGGAAAAGACUGUGAGCCUUAAUCCAAUGCCCUCCGGAGUCGAUGAAGCCUAUUCAAGGAACUUGAAGGGGAUACCAAGGUCUGAGCGCGCACGGGGCAAAGCCUUGUUGCGAUGCAUACUCUUUGCAUUUCGUCCUUUGGGGGUGGAGGAACUACUUGACCUUUGUCAAAUUACCGAAACGGAUGAGAUACAGCCUUGCACUAUGCCUUCCACUUUGACCGACCCCUUUAUAGAAACCAACAUUCUCCGACCUUGCGGUGGACUUGUCGAGAUAAGAGUCGAUGAUUACCGUUGCAAGAUUGUCCAAUUCAUACAUUUCAGCGUGAAAGAAUUCCUGCUUGGAUCGGGCGAGCACUUCGCGGUUGAAGACGACAUAGUCCAAUAUUUCCUCUUUCCAGAUGUUCGUUUGCAGCACGGGAUUCUAGCCAAACAAUGCUUAUUGUACCAAUUCCAUUUGUGGGAUGGAGCCAAGAAGGACAGACACUAUGCCUCUCCAUUUAUUGACAAAUAUGAGACGCCUGGCCCGUGGUUAACACACUCCUUCAAUUCCAGAAGGGGCGGGAGCCACGUCCUUCUGAGCGCUCAGAGAAACCUCUUUGUACCCGGUCCUAUAUUCGACACGUGGGCGAUGAGAACAUUAAAUCCACUCAGAGUUGAAAACAUAGCUUUACAAUAUUCCUCGAGCAAGAACUUCACGCCGUUCGAAGCUGCCGUCUACUUCCGCCAAUAUGCUAUUUGCAGAGAGCUGCUGACGACCUGCCCCGAGAUGCCACCCAAUGCGCUUCACUUUGCCUCGUCUCUGCGUGGAUACGGAUCACUUGGACUUCUGAAGCUGGUUAUGGAAACAUGGAAAGACGUUAGUCCAGACAUCAUCACACCGUACGGUUUGACUCCGUUGAUGGUGGCAUCCGGUCUGGGUAAUCUUCGAUGCGUUCGGUACCUGCUUGGGCUCCCUGAUGUCGAUGUUAAUAGGCAGGCAAUAUCGCCCGCGCGGUUCCGGUUCGUCUGUCAAUCUGAUCGAUAUGGCUUUGGUUAUACGUCAAGAGGGCACCCGGUCAUGGAUGUGGGGGGCAUGACAGCACUGAGCCUUUCAAUCUUAAAUGAAGAACAUAAUGUUGUUAAACUUCUACUUGAGAAGGGUGCAGACCUUGGUGCCCGCGUAAGAAUGUCGUUCCCGCUACCCCAUCUUAAUAUGCGCGCAGGCGAAUCACUAGGUGGAUGGGGAUGUACUGGCAAAUAUGUUAUCGAGGACCUAAGACCAUUACAUCUAGCGGUCGUGAUUGAUGAGAUGAAUAGAGGUAGUACGAAGAUGACUGCCUUACUACUGGCCGCAGCACCUAGUCUUGAUGUCAACUCCAAGGAUAGCAAUGGGCGAACACCACUCGAUUAUGUCUACCGUAUCCGAAGCUCUGUUUAUCAAGGUUCAAAGCAGAUGCAAUUGAGGGAUCUUUUGCGUAGUCGGGGUGCGAGGCGUGCUAUCGAGCCUGAGAAGAAAACGAUGAACCCUGAACCCUCAUCGAGUAGUCAUGUAUAUUGUAUUGAUAGCAAUGCCGCAGUACAAGCCACGGCGGUUCAAGCACUUUCGGCGGUUCCCCCCAAGAUAGAAGAUAAUAUCGACCCCCCCGUUAGGCGGUCAAUGGAUGAGUCAAGGAGGUCUUGUGCAGAGAUAAAGAGGCAAGGUGCGCAGAUAUCUUCCGUCGAGAAGGUAAGCACAAAAGAGGCCACUCAAAGCACGUUGCUGGACCCAACGCUGAUGAAUCCACCCCAAUCCCAAGGAGGUCCGCCACAAAGAUGA